AAUUAGAAAUUUAGGAUUCGCCCCUGUAUGUAUACAUCGUGUACCGUCCGCCGUUGUUGGCUGCGAUUUAAUUAUGCGCAUGUCCUUGCCUCGGAUUUCAAGCUAGGGAAAGGAUACAGAACUACAGCGUAGCGGAGUGGAUCCGAAUCGACGACGCUCCGGAAUGGGGUGUCAUAUGAAUGUGAACAUGCUGUGAAAGAGAAGCGCGGUGAGUGACGACCGAGAGGGAACUCACCGCAGUGAGUGCGAAGUUGGGAUUGUUUGCAUUGAUCGAGAUGGAGAGAGUUCGCUCCCACUGGAAAGUGAGUGGGAUUGCGAGCGAAUGGCUUCGGAAGAGUGUGUGUGAGUGCGAGGCUGGUGAGCUUUUUCCACUGACAUAUUUUGCUGAGAGACUCGGAAAACGGGGUGAUGUUUUUGUUUUUUCCUUAUGCUCGCUCAUUCGGUGGGUGUUAUGUACGACGCAGAGUGAGAGAGAGUGUGUGCGUGUGCGGCUGUGUGAGUGCAUUGCGAAGGGAUUGUGUGGUGUUUGCGAAAGCUCAUGUAUCUCGAGAGCAAGCGAAUUCUUGGAAAGAGUGUGUGCGCGUGAGUGUGAGUGAGUGUGGGGUAAGGACUCACAUGGAUCCGAAGCCGUCGGUUGCGGUUGUCAUGCGGGGGAGUGUGUGAGCAUAAGAAUAAAUUGUAAGAAUCAAAAAUUCAACAACUCUUAUUAUUUUCCGAUGCGGUGGGAGAGUACAGUUGCCGUGAGAGAGCGUACACGGGUGGUGCAGGUGGGAGCUGAACUGCGUUGCUUCUCGCUUGCUCGGGUUUUCUGAGGGAAUCACUGCGGCUCGCUCGCUCACUCGUUCGAUGCGAUCCGAGCCUGUUUGGCACGGCAGGCGGCUUGUGUAUGAUUUCCGAAUGUGUUUUGCGAUAUAUGUUUGAGAGACUCCGGCCGUCGCGCUACAACUUUUCAGUCGGUCUCAGGCAGUCACGGCGUAAAGCUCAAAAUGUGCGGUUCGAUAGUUGAUAUUUGGUUUAUUUAGAGUUUUUUGGACAUCCAAUACACAUUGCACUACCAGCUGGGAAAGAGUUGCAAUUCGGACUGCUUCGGAAGCGAGUGGUUCUUAUGAACAGGUGAAGACAAGUGAUUUGAAUUCCGGGGCCAAAUCCGUUGAUCGGAUCGGGUCGAAUGCAGUUCAGCCGAAAAAAAUCGCGAUCAAAACAGAAAAUUCUCCGAAGUUCGCCUUCGUAGUUGAAUGCGCUACCGCAAACGAAAAAGAAGAAAAUUUUUAAAACCUUUGGGCUGACGAAAAGAAGAAUUUUAUUUCAACGACAAGUGUUUCGGAAUCUUGAAAAAUUGUGCAAUUUUAGUUACGUUCUAACCUCGAAUCUAAGAGGCAGUGAUUUAAGUUUACUAACGAAGCAAAGUGACAAAAUCCCAUCAAACCAACAUCUCAACCACCCCAAGAAACAACAUCCAGCGCACCUUGGGAAUUCCUGCAAUCGAACAAAAGAACCCAGAGGAAAGGUCGGGAUUUUACGGUUGGAAAUUCCUUUUUUUCCAUCUCAAGGACCCUGGUUCGUUCUCACAUGUGCGCCGAUGCAUGUUCUGAUUUAAUAGCUUCGCUCAUAAAAAGGGUCACAGCAAAGUUCAAAGGACUUCCAUCCCUACCUGGAGUCAUGCAAGUGAGCAGAACAGUCCUGAAAUAACAGGGCAAGGAACACCAUCUACCCUCAUCCCCGUACCAAGUUCUCCACCGAACGAAGCGGAACGAACGAAUGCGGAGCGACCUCAGGAGAAGGUCAAUAAAAUAUGUCACCGCUUCAGGUGGUGACGAUCGAAGAAGGUAGUCCGAACAGGGAGAAAGGAAUCGCAAGGACGACGCAGACGACGACGAUGAUCGAUCGAACCAGGCGAAGGUGCUGAACACCAUUUUGCCCAUGUUUGUUGUUGGAGUGCAAUCGUUCACUUUUCGGACCGCUCAAAAUCAAAUUUUGGAAAAUCGUAAAAUCAACAGAAGAAAAUUGAGGAAUAUUAGAGUUCUGGAACAAACAAAAAAUUGUGCUUACUGUUGUAGUGCGUUUACUUUCGUGUGAAGAAAAUAAUAUCAAAACAACUUUCGGGAUUCUUAGUAGUGCAAAUAAAGUAAAGCAAAAAAUACAGCCGAAAAACAGGCUGCAAUUUACGUGAUUUUAUGUUAGUGUCCAAAAGCCUAGUGAGCCAGCUGUAGAAAAAGUAACCGUUUUAAGGCCGAACAAAAUUGCAAUUAAACUCGAUUUGUGUUUUGUGUCAACAUUCUACGCUACGUUUAAGAAAUAUUUCGGAUUUUUGCUGUAGUGGAACGGUAUUGCCAAUAUAGCAAAGUAGCAGUGUUUUGUACUGGCGCAAAUUUAUCGAAAUUGAUGUGAGUUUUCGUGUUUGUGUGUGAAUGUUCGUGGGUUAGCGAAGAACGAGAAGAGCAACAAAAAAAAAUACGUAGAGGAUUUUAAAACAGUUUAUUUCCGGUUCUGGAAGCAUAUGAGUACAGACAGAACAACAUCAUCGUCUUCUGACAAGAGACCUACCCCCCAACUGUCGCGCAUGCAGCUGCUAGACUAGAGAUCAGAUGAAAGAAAAGUUUGAAAUCAUGACGGAUCAGGAGCAUUACAGCCUUCGGUGGAACAACCACCAGAACCACAUCCUGCGGGCGUUCGACACCCUACUGCAGACCAAAACCCUCGUCGAUGUCACGCUGGUCUGUGCCGAGACGAGCAUUCGGGCGCAUAAGGUCGUCCUGUCGGCGUGUUCGCCGUUCUUUCAACGGGUGUUCUCCGAAACCCCCUGUAAGCAUCCUGUGAUAGUGCUAAAAGACUUCCGCGGAUGGGUCGUGCAAGCGAUAGUAGAUUUUAUGUAUCGAGGCGAGAUCAGCGUUCCUCAGGAACGGCUCUCAGUACUGAUCCAAGCCGGAGAAUCCUUACAAGUCCGAGGACUAGUAGAUCACCCUGUAGCAGGAAACACACCAACCCCAGCGCAGUCUCCGGAAGACUUCAGCCUACUGGACUCCUCACUGAUAUCGCCAACUUCUCCAUCAUUACCGUCGCCAAACUUCGGCCACCACCACACUCGCCACCCGCAUCCAAACUCUACGGCAACGAGCAUGCUAAGUGCCAGUACUCCAAAACUCCUGCUGCCACCACAGGUGUUCGCCGACCCUGCUCUCAAUCUACCCAAUCCGGAUCUCUGCACGUCUCCAAUGCCUCGUCGAAAGCAAGCUCGCCCGAGACGCCGAUCAGGCGACUGUGCCCCACAGGACCUCAGCAGUAAACCCACCAGCCCCGUCCCUCCAAGCAUCGACGACAAGGAUGACGAAGACAACGAAAUCGAUCGGGAAGAUGACGAAGAACAGGAAGACGAGGAUGACGAUCUCAAGGAAGUCAUUCGGAGAAGCGAUAGCGAACACAAAAAAGACUCCAGCCCCCACAAAACGCCAAGCAAAGACGAAGACAACGAAAAAGAAAGCAAAAACAACUCGACCGCAUCGACGGCUACCCUUUCCGGAAUGGAUGGUCCCGAAAAUCUGUGCAUGAAGAAAUCCUCCUCCUCAAGUAGUAGCUCCAGCAGCGGAAACAACUCUACCAACUCGAACAAAGACACAAGCUCUCGGUUAUCGGACCCCUCAAGCCUAAAAGACAGCCCUCCAGAAUCAACGAUCGGUCGACUCUCGCUAAAAGACAUCCGGCACCUGAAUCGCUCGGCACUGGUGCGCUCGAUGAGCUCGCUCUCGCCUCCGCCUUCGUUUCAUCUGAACAACAACCCUCCAUCCAGUCUAUCCCACCACGAUAAACGAGUCAAACUGGAGGAUCGCGACGACGAUCGACUCGGUGACGACGACGGGCCCCAUUUUUUAGACCACAUGGACCUGGCUCUGGCCGCCCAUCAGCACCCUUUGGCGCAUCUCUCGCAUCAUAGAUCGUCGCCGCAGCUUCGACCUCCGGGUCUAACACCAGACGGCGAGAACAACAACAGCAGUAGCAGUAAGAACAACAACGGAAACAACACCGGCAUGGGCAACGGGUCCAACCGUGAUGGUAGCUCUGGUCCUGGUUCGAUGUCCGGACCAGGUGGUCCCAAAGAUGGUCGGCUGGGUCCAAAGGAUUUUCUGCAUAGCCCGACGUUAAAUUUUCCGCCGUUCUUUAACCAAUCGGACGGUGGUGGUCCGCCGAGGCCGCCGCACUCGCCGCUGUCCUUUCCACACAUGCCGUCGGUUUCGUCGCUGACGCUGACGCCGCCGCACAUGUUCAGUCUGGACUCCCCGCUCGGGCUCUUUCCUCCCGGGAUGGACCCCGGCAAGAUGUACAGUCCCCUGCUGGAAAUGUCCGACCCCCGUGGGAUGCACCACGACGGCCCACCGUUCCAUUUGAAAAAGAAACCGAAGGCGAGCGAGCGGCGGGUGCAUCGUGUAGUGCCAAUUAAAAUUUUCCCCUUCCCCACUACUGUGAUGGACGGCGACGCCGCCGCCGGUAGGGCGUUCUAA